AUGGCCUUGCCACGAGGAUUGCUGCAGUAUAUCUGCGGCCUUAUUCUCUUAAUCGCAUCUGUAAAUGCUUUGAAAUUCGACUUGGUGGCGCGUGGACCCAACGAUAAGAAGACAGAACGAUGCAUACGGAAUUUCGUCGCCAAGGACACAUUGGUUGUUGUCACCGCUACGGUUGGUGGAAGUAAGGGGGAUGGUAUGAUUGUUAAUAUGCACAUCGUGGAUAACGUCGGCAACGAGUACGGCAAGCCGAAAGAUAUAGUAGGCGAACAACGUACCGUAUUCACCUCGCACGCGGACGCCGCCUUCGACGUAUGUUUCGAGAACAUCAUGACGCAUACGCGUAUGAACAACCCCAGUCGACACGUAGAGCUGGACAUCGACAUCGGCGCCGACGCUAAGGACUGGUCCGCCAUCCAAGCCACCGAGAAGCUUAAGCCCGUCGAGACGGACCUGCGCCGCAUCGAGGAGACGAUCGCCGAUAUCGUACGUGAGAUGGAAUACCUUAGGGCGAGAGAGCAGAAGCUACGCGAUACCAAUGAGAGCACGAACACCCGUGUCAAGUGGUUCGGUAUUGGCACUACAUUGCUGCUGGUUGCGCUAUGGGGCUGGCAGAUCAUGUACCUGCGCGCCUACUUCCGAUCGAAGCAUCUGAUUUAG